UGGAACACACUAAACAACCGGUUAAACGCGGGUACUGACGCCGACGGGAUGAGGGAGUAGGAGACGCCAUUUUUGUCAAGCCACGUGGCCGAGCUCGGAGAUAAAACAGUGGCUAAAACGGAGAGACCGAAGAGUGGAGGUUAGAACUAUAGCGUAAUAUUUGGGAUCAAGCUUCACCCACGCAGAAAUGGCGAAGCUUAUUCAGAUGACCUACGACGUUUCUGUUCGUCUUGCAUUAGCUUCUCUUGAACGGAAUUUGUUGCCGGACGCCGUCGUAAGAACGUUCACCCGCUUGUUACUCGCUUCUCGUCUUCGCACCGGUUACAAACCUUCCUCUCAACUUCAACUCUCCGAACUCCUCCAUUUCGUUCACUCUUUAGGGGAAAUGCCCAUAGCAAUUAAGACUGAUAAGCCAAAAGCUCAACACUACGAAGUACCGACCUCCUUCUUCAAGUUGGUUUUGGGGAAGAAUCUCAAGUACAGUUGUUGCUAUUUCAAUGACAAAUCAAGUACUUUAGAGGAUGCUGAGGAUGCAAUGCUACAAAUGUAUUGUGAAAGGUCACAGUUGAAGGAUGGUCACACCGUUCUUGAUGUUGGAUGUGGCUGGGGGUCGCUCUCAUUGUACAUUGCCCAAAAGUAUAAGAACUGCACGGUAACGGGAAUUUGCAAUUCAAUCACGCAGAAAGCUUACAUCGAGGAUCGGUGCCAGGAUCUCCAACUGCAUAAUGUCAACAUCAUAGUUGCAGACGUAAGAAAAUAUGAAAUGGAAACUGAAUAUUAUGACAGAAUAUUUUCUAUUGGAAUGUUUGAGCAUAUGAAGAACUACAAGGAUCUUCUCAAGAAAAUAUCAGGUUGGAUGAAACAGGAUAGCCUCCUAUUUGUUCAUUAUUUUUGCCACAAGGUGUUUGCCUAUCACUUUGAGGAUGUAAAUGAAGAUGAUUGGAUUACUAGAUACUUCUUUGAAGGUGGUACGAUGCCUUCCUCAAAUCUACUUCUCUAUUUCCAGGAGGAGGUUUCAAUUGUAGACCAUUGGCUUGUGAAUGGCAAGCACUAUUCUCGAACAAGUGAAGAGUGGCUGAAAAGAAUGGACAAGAACACAGCUUCAAUAAAACCAAUAAUGGCCACAACUUAUGGGAAGGAUUCGGCUGCGAAGUGGACUGUUUAUUGGAGAACAUUCUUUAUUGCAGUGGCUGAGUUAUUUGAUUACAACAAUGGUGAAGAAUGGAUGAUUAGCCAGUUCCUGUUCAAGAAGAAAUGAUGCAAGCAACAAAGCUCCUGUGGUUAAGCAGCCAUAGAACAAGGAAAUAUCCCCUAUGGCCUAUUUGCAGAAUUACUUGUCACCAAAAGAAGAAAGUGCAACUGUUACAAACCUUCGUUGACGGUCCUGAGCCACGCUUUCCUGGUAUAGAUGGAUCCAACUGAAAUCAUUUUCAAAAAGUUAACUAUUAGAAUGAAGUUAGUUUACAAACAUACAUCAGAACAUGCCGCAAUUCAGAGUUCAAGGAUAAUUUAAAUUUGUUUGGAAUUAUACACACAGCAAAAAAAGAAAAAAAAAGGCUUAAGAUAUUCAGUACUGCAAAGGGCAGGAUCAAGAUAAGAACAUGUUUGUUAGAACGGUUCCUAACUUGAAAGAGGAAAGUAUGGUGGGUGAGGAUUUGAAUAAAAGACUAGACAUUAGAGAAUACUACCAAUGUCAUGCAGGUGUGUUAUGUGUAGAUGUAGAAUAUAGGUAUCUAAAGUUCUGGGUAUCAAGCUCUCCAUUGUCCUCAGGCUUAAAUGCUGUCUCCAUUUCAUAAAGCCUAUCCUAGACGACAUCUUUGAACCAUGGAUGGGCCUGAAACAAACUCUGUAUUCCUAUAAGUUGCUAAGAUUAAAAGAAAGACUACCUGUAAAUGCUUGAUUGUUGUAGUGGAUACUUUGAUUUGGUAUGCUCCUCCAGUACAACCUACAAAUGAGAUCCUUUGCUUCAAUUAUCAA